GUCGGCGACAACCCGAUUCGGAAGUUGAUUAUUUAUCUAUAAACCCUUGUCCUGAACUUUUUUUUUUUUUUGGUUUUUUUUUGGAAUUCUAAACACAUCUUCUUUACGUUUCCUCGGAGUUCUCCUUCUGGGAACAGCAAUUUUCGACAGACUCAUUUGUAACUGAUUGAUCCAGUAGUCACUGCAGCAGCAAGACCAGAAGAGGGAGGGAGGAAGAUGGGGAGUGCGACCGAACAAUCAGUAAUGGGAGUAAUCAGGGCUGCGAGGCCUUCUUUCCGUAACGCUCACGACAAGGCAGCUUUCGCCGUUCACGCCUCUUUCCUUGCGUCCGGCUUUAUUCUUCACGCUACCGGUCCGCCCGCCUUUUCCGAUGACGUUCUUUCGUCCACUUCCACCGAGGAAGUGGGCAUUGAGCAUUGGAAUGAAUUUGAUGAUAGUUACGCAUUCGUCUAUUCGAAUCCCGAUAAGGGUUCCCAGAAAAUUCUGGUGAAGUGUCUAGCUAUGAAUGACAAAUUGCUUGUUGAUGCUAUGGCGGAAGGUGAUUCUGAGCCUGUCCAUCUUGAAAUCAAUGUUCCGGACUACGUAGCAGAGGAUGGAGGAAAUAAUUAUACUACAAUGUUCAAGAAUAUUGGGAAGCUGGUGAGAGAUGUUGAUAAAGAAAUUUUGGGCAAACUUGUUCGGUCUCCUACAGCAAGCUCCUCGGCUCAUAAUUCAAGUGCGAAAAGCAGAGUUCCAGAGGGAGAUGAAUCCAAGUCUGACCAACCUAGCCCAAGAGUUUCUGAACCAGACGAGCCUUCCAUUUUUAACCCGCCAAAUCCAAGUUUUAUUGUUCCUCCAGUACCUGGUAGUGGGGGCGAUGAUCUCUUUCCUGGUCCUGGUGCAGGAGUUUACCCUAGGGGCAAUUUUGGUGGACCUGGCAGCAUGCUUAUAGGACCAAAUGAUCCUCGGUGGUUUGGCUCUGGUAACGAACCUCCUCAUUUCCCUGGAGGACCACAACCGGGUGUCCCUCCUGGUGCUCGUUUUGAUCCAUAUGGCCCACCUGGUGUUCCGGGUUUUGAGCCUAAUCGCUUUAUUAGGCAUCCAAGACGACCUGGGGGUGGGACUCAUCCAGACUUGGAGCACUUUGGGGAUGGCUCUGAUAUUAUAUAAGAUUUGGACUGAGUCGAAGUUGUUUUUCUUCAUUUUUGCCCGCUUGUCUUUACAUAAAAUCUCAGACGUUAUUGUGACUGUUUAGCUGUAAAUUUGUUCAAUCCAGGAUUGUUGAGUUGUGAAUUUCACUACAGUUUUUAGUCAA